GGGCGCAGCCGGGCCCGGCAGCGGCGGCGAUGGCGGCGGAGGGCAGGGCUGUGGCGGCGGCGGCGGCGGCGGCCGAGCUGCAGCCGGAGGGGGACGCGGAGGGCGGCAGCGGCGAGCCGGAGGGCGGCUUCGGGCAGCUGCUGGAGGAGGAGGAGGACGGGGAGGACGCCGGCUAUGUGCUGUACAGGGACAGGAAGGAAUGGGCAGAUAUUGAACCUGUCCCUCAAAAUGAUGGGCCAAAUCCCGUUGUUCAGAUCAUCUACAGUGAAAAAUUUCGAGAUGUCUACGAUUACUUCCGGGCUGUUCUGCAGCGAGAUGAGAGGAGCGAAAGAGCUUUCAAGCUGACAGCAGAUGCCAUUGAGUUAAAUGCUGCAAACUACACAGUGUGGCAUUUCCGGAGAGUCCUCCUGCAGUCUUUAGGAAAAGAUCUCCACGAGGAACUUAAGUAUAUUACAGCUAUCAUUGAAGAUCAGCCAAAGAACUACCAAGUCUGGCAUCACAGACGGGUGUUGGUGGAGUGGCUGCAGGAUCCAUCCCAAGAGCUUGAGUUCAUAGCUGACAUUCUUAACCAAGAUGCCAAAAAUUACCACGCGUGGCAGCACAGGCAGUGGGUUAUUCAGGAGUUCAAAUUAUGGGACAAUGAACUGGAAUAUGUAGACCAGCUUUUGAGAGAAGAUGUGAGAAACAACUCUGUUUGGAACCAACGACACUUUGUCAUUUUCAACACCACUGGCUAUGAUGAUCCAGCAGUCCUAGACAGAGAAGUCCGGUACACUCUUGAGAUGAUCAAAGCAGUGCCACAUAACGAGAGUGCUUGGAACUAUUUAAAAGGGAUUCUACAGGAUCGUGGUCUUUCUAAGUAUCCAAAUCUGUUGGAGGAACUGUUGAAUUUGCAGCCCAGUCACAGUUCACCCUAUCUGAUUGCUUUCCUUGUGGACAUAUAUGAAGAUAUGCUUGAAAACCAGUGUGAUAACAAGGAAGAAACACUGAACAAGGCAUUGGAGUUGUGUGAAAUUCUGGCUAAAGAGAAAGACACGAUUCGAAAGGAAUACUGGAGAUACAUUGGAAGGUCCCUUAAGAGCAAGCACAGUUCAGGCACUGAACAGACCAGCACAGUGACAGAUAAGCCGCAGUAACUGCAUAUGGAAGAAAACAGUGUUAAGCUCUCAAGCCAUUCUUAAGCAAUACUAAGUAGAGUCAUCAACUAGUUUAAAAUCCAGUGUAUUAUUACCCCAGUGAGGAGAUGUUGCGAUGAAAGAGGAAUGCAGAGUGCUGUAUUGUCCUGGUUCUGGUGAUAGCUCUUGAUGCAGUCAAGAAAUCACAGAAUAUGCUGAGUUGGAAGGGACCUACAAAAAUUAUCAAGUCCAACUCUUAGCCCUGCAAAGGACCAUCCCCAAGAGUCACAU